GCAUUGUUUAUCAAGCAGCCAGACGAAGAAACGGGCAUCAGCGGAGAAAAAUACAUUGCCGGUAGCUUAAAAUGAAAGUGAAAGUGUUUUAAACUGCCUGCAAGCACAUUUGCGCUAUGAACGCGCGACAAGAUCACAUUGCGGUGUACACGUUUGUGGUGUUUUUGUUUUCCUUCAGUUUGUUUUGCUAUGGGUUCUUUCCUCUAUCAUUUUCGCCUUCCACCAAAGCCAACCUAGAUGAGCUACCUCAAGGCGUCGGCAAUGCCAGCUUUAGCGGCGUUGACUAUAAGCCGAAAAUAUCGAGAGCCGUGUUGAUGGUGAUAGACGCCCUACGAAUGGAUUUUGUGCUGCAGGAGGAAAACUUCCAGUUCCUCAACCAGCUGCUGGGUGAUGGGAAGGCUUGCCUGUACCGUUUGCAGGUACAUCCACCGACGGUAACGAUGCCGCGAAUAAAAGCAAUGACAUCCGGUGCGAUACCGAGCUUUCUGGACGUGAUUCUGAACCUGGGCAGUCCCGAAAUGAAGCUAGACACGUUCCUCUAUCAAAUGAAGCAACGGCAGCAGAAAACAGUGUUUUACGGUGACAAUACCUGGACUAACAUGUUUCCAGAAACGUUUCAUCGCCAGGGCGAGAACUCCGACUCACUCUACGUGAAUGACUUUUACAAGGGCGACCGAAACAUAACAAAGUUUCUUAAGCUGGAGCUAGAGAUGUACGAUUGGAAGUUAAUGAUCCUGCAUUAUCUUGGGUUGGACCACAUCGGACACGUGGAGGGCCCGUUCAGUGGCAAAGUACCGGGCAAGCUGAAGGAAAUGGACAAAGUUAUAAAAACUAUCUAUCAAACCAUGGACAAAUGGAAACAGAAGUACUACACCAAACCAUUGCUAGUCAUAACGGGUGAUCAUGGCAUGCGAGAUUCGGGUGGCCAUGGUGGUUCGUCACAUCCCGAAACGAUCGUACCUGUCGUCAUUGUGAGCGAUCAAUGUGCGAAAAGUGAAGAAACAUUCCUGCAAAUCGAUCUAGCUCCCACCAUGUCCAUCUUGAUGGGCGUUGCCAUACCCUAUGCAUCGAUUGGUUCGGUCAUAGAUCCCGCACUGAAGAUGCUACACCGAAGGGAAAUGCUGCACGCACUGUACUACAACACUCAAAGACUGGUCACGAAAGUGGAAUUAAUUAUAAAUAAUAAAUUUACAAAAAGCGAGUGGCAAAAUUCCUUUGAAGAGGCGAAACAGCUACAUCAGAAGUUUAUGAAAGAUGCAGCCGACAUUUCCGCCUACAAACGAACCGUUUUGCUGUACACAUCCGUGUCGAAAAAGCUAACUCAACUGCUGAUUUCAAGCUACAUACGAUAUGACAUUCUGUUUAUCGUGAUCGGCAUGGUUAUGGCUUUGUUUUGUGCUGCAAUUGCAGUUUUGCAGCUUUUGCAAGAUACAAAUGCGAGCGUUUUAACCCUGCAACCGAAACUCUUUCCCAGCAUCAACUGUAUGCUUUUAAGCUUUCUUCUACUGAAGCUUUUAUCGUUCGAGAAGCAAUCGUCUGCGGAACCGUCCAAUUGCUUCCAUGCCGUAUUAGUCUCCCUGUCGGUGGUCUACUUUACGCUGUGGGCAAUACUUUCGCACUUGCUCAAGAGCAUGCAGGCAUCGCUAUGGACACUGCUCAAGAGUGCAUCGUUGCUUUCGCUUUUCAUUUGGUUCGGUACAAGCUUCCAUUGUGUUUCGCUGGGCAGUAGCUCGUUCGUGGAGGAAGAGCAUCAAACUUGGUACUACCUUACCAGCACCAUAAUGAUACUGCUCACCUUAAAGGAGGUAAGCGUAAUGAACAACACGAUCGGCGCGCUCAGUCGACACACGAAAUCCGAUGCAUCGCUGGUGGAAGUGUGCAAAGAGGAACGGAACAUUUUCUGUGCCGGUUCGAUCGCUUUCUUGUGCAUUCACGUUACUGUACGACGCUUCAAUCAAACGGGCGACAAGUGGCAACACUUACCCGACGUGGGCGAUUGGCUAUCAAAGGAGGAACAUAAAAUGUGGCUUAGCCUGACCAUGCUGGUCGGGUUGUGCUAUUUGGUGUAUCAAAUCUGCUACAUGGCCGGACUGCUCACAACUGUACUAUCGCUGACGGCUUCCUUGCUUAUCUACUACUACCGUGCUGCGUCUGGCACCGUGAGCAUCUUCGGGUUAAGCGCAUCCAACUCAGCAAUUUGUUUGACCAUUUUUUGGAUUAAUUUGGUAGAAAUAUUCUUUAUCGGAUUUUUACCGAUGAUGUAUCGGGCAAUUAUGGGACGUACUUCGCAAAAACGCACGGGAGAGCUGUUCAACAACUGUAUUAUCAUCGUUGCGCUGCUGUCCGCACUACUGCACAAACCGCACAAUGUAUUGCUCGUUGGCGCACUGCUGGCUACGAGCAGAUUUGUCGCUGAACGUAUAGACCGCAUUGCGGAUGACAAGCAUUGUAGCAUAUUGCUCAAAGUAAUCACUCAUUAUUGGUUAGGGAAAACGUUUUAUUUCUAUCAGGGUAACUCCAACAGUUUGGCCUCCAUCGAUCUCAACGCCGGCUAUGUGGGACUGAACAACUUCGACAUGCUGCGUGUGGGGUUGUUCCUUACUCUGCAUACCUUUAGUGGGCCUAUUUUAAGUUUCCUCCUAUUGCUUCAUCACAUUUUCUCCGACAACGAACGAGAUGUGAAGCAUCUACCGGUAGUGACUAACGUAAGGGAAAGAAUGCUUACACUUACUAACGUACUUAUUACCGUACCCGGGAGCUUUUUCAUAACAGUCGCUACGGUAUUGCGCGACCACAUAUUCGCGUGGACCGUCUUUUCGCCAAAGAUCAUCUAUGAGUACUUUACCGUGUGGUUGGUAUUGAUUCAGGUAAUGCUAGUCUGGCUACUGCUGCCAAAGAAAUCGUGUGCCAGUGUGUGAAAUUAAGAUAAAUUUGCAAUAAAAUUAAACGGUGUAUGGUUGCAUUCCUUCGAUUUGUGUACAAUUUACGUUCCAUUUCAAGUGUGUGAUAAUUUAAUAAAGUAACAGGCCUAACAAUCUA